CUCUCGUUUAAUCCAUCUCAUGCUACAUUUUAACAUAUAAUCCCAAUUAGCCACACUCAUAUUAUAAAGCAUCUUUGCAUUCAUAAAAUGAGACACCCAUUUGACUCCCGAAGGCCCCCAGCCAAGCCGACAGCCUCCCAUGAAGAAAAACCGGUAGGAAGCCUUAAAUUCCUCCUUCUUUCUUGUCCAAGAACAAGAUUUAGGAGCUUAGAAUUCUCCCCCCUGCAGAGAAUUUUCGGAUCUGCCUUGCUCUGCUCCUCACCGCCGGCUGCUCCUGCUUUGUGGGGGCGAAUUGCCUUGAUUUUCUGUUCCGUGAGCUUCCCCCUGCACUUCCCGCCGGCUCUUCCCCAACUGCAGCUCCGAUUUUGGCUUGUUAAAUUCCGGAAGCAAAACCGAGGACGGGGAACCCACGGGAAGUGACGAGUUAGAAGGCUAGCCAUUUCGAGAUUGAUAUAGAUUUUAGAUAUAAAUUAUGAUCUUGUAAGUUAGAUUGUAUUCGGAGAUUUUAUGAUAUCAGAGCAAUUAUAAAAUUUGAUCUUCAGA